AUGCUAUUACAUUUUUAUUCGGAUUGGGAAGGUACGACGAUUCCAAUUUGUUCAGGACGACCAUAUCCAUUAGAUGUGUAUUAUGAUGAUUAUGGAAUUAAUUUUGCAUUAUAUUCUGACCAUGAUGAAAAACAACAAUUAAUUGAAUAUGCUCUAAUUUAUAUUAAAGAACAAACACAUCAAAUCUGGCAUAUUUAUUUAUCUGAUUUUGAACCAGGUCAAAUCUAUGCUUAUAGUGUUGAUGAUCCAUUUGAUCCACAAAAUGGUGAUCGUUUUAAUGUAAUUAAACUCUUAAUUGAUCCAUAUGUACGAGCUAUUACAGGGAUAUUAGAUUGGCAUGAUUCAUUAUUUGGUUAUAAUAUUGAUGAUGAUCUAUCACCAGAUAAAGAUUUAACAUUCAAUAUUGAAGAUAGUGCACCAUAUAUACCAAAAUGUGUUGUUAUUGAUUCAAAUAGUUUUAAUUGGGUUAAAAAAUUACAUAAAGCUGGUAUUAAAGUUAUUCUUGAUGUUACUUAUAAUCAUACAGGUGAAGGAAAUCGAUUUAGGCCAACAUUAUCAUUUAAAGGUAUCGACAAUAGAAGUUAUUAUCGUCUUUCUGAACAUGACAGAAGAUAUUAUUUUGAUUAUACUGGUGCUGGAAAUACACUUAUUUGUCGAUUACCAAAUGUAUUAAGAUUAAUAAUGGAUAGUCUGCGAUAUUGGAUAUUAGACAUGUAUGUCGGUGGAUUUAGAUUUGAUUUGGCAACAAUAAUUGCUCAUGAAUUACAUGCAGUUGAUCGUUUAAGUGCAUUUUUUGAGAUAAUUCAUCAAGAUCCAGUUAUUGGAACGGAAAAUAUCGUGAUUGUAUUAGGGAUUAUUGGCGUGCGUUUUACAUUAAAUGAUUUGGUUUCAUAUAAUGAAAAACAUAAUCAUAGGUAUGGUGAAGAUAAUUUUGAUGGUGAAAGUUAUAAUCGUUCAUGGAAUUGUGGUAUUGAAGGUACAACAAAUGAUGUACAUGUAAAUGCAUUUCGUGAUUGUCAAGAACGAAAUUUUUCUAACAACAUUGUUUUUAUCACAAGGGAUUGGUUAAAUUGGAAUAAAGCUGAUCAACAUCUAUUAGAAUUUACACAAAAAUUAAUUAGUUUAUAA